CGCCGCCGCCGGAAUGAGCAGCCACCGCGUCGCCCUGCAGGGCCCGGGCCCCUGGGGCUUCCGCCUGGUGGGAGGCAAGGACUUCGAGCAGCCGCUCACCAUCUCUCGGGUGACUCCUGGCAGCAAAGCUGCAAUAGCCAAUUUAUGUAUAGGAGAUGUCAUCAUGGCAAUUGAUGGGGAGAACACGGAUACCAUGACACAUUUAGAAGCGCAGAACAAAAUCAAGAGCUGCAUAGAUGAGAUCACUCUGACAGUUGGCAGAACGGAAUCCAAAGUCUGGUCCCCUCUGGUGACAGAGGAGGGAAAGCCCAAUCCAUACAAGAUGAAUCUGGCAUCUCAACCCCAGGAAAUAAGGCACAUAGGAAGCGCACACAACCGGAGUGCUAUGCCAUUCACUGCUGCCACCGCUUCCAGCACUGCCCCCAAAGUGAUCACUGCCCAGUACAACAGCCCCGCAGGCCUGUACUCCUCAGAAAACAUCCAGACCUUCAACAGUGCUGUGGAGUCUAAGUCAUCUGGUGAUGCCCAGGACCCCAGCAAGCCCCGUUUAUUGCCUCCUGGGUUCCAGGCACCUUUUGCAACUGUCUAUAAUCCUCUCCAGCCGCACACCUCCUUGCCUCCAUUGCAAAGGAGGCACAGCACCUCCUCCAUCCCAAGCCAAGUGCGAGUGGGGCCCGAACAGCUAAAGCAAGCCGCUCAGAUCUGCCCCAACAGCCCUGUGGAAGUGGAGGUGCCGGGACUCAAAGUGGUGCACGUGCAAUUUAAUUCCCCCUUGCAGCUCUAUUCCCAGAGAAACAUCCUGGAUACUUUACAAGGGCAGAUCUCUUCCGUUAGCCCUGCUUUUCCCAGUUUGGAGCAACAUAACCAGCCCUCCAAUAACCUUGUCAUAGACAAGGAGUCUGAGGUUUACAAGAUGCUCCAGGAGACUGAAGACCCAAAGGAACCACCCAGGCAAUCUGCUUCAUUCCUGGUGCUACAAGAAAUUUUAGAAUCUGAAGGGGAUCCCAAUAAACCUUCUGGAUUUAGAAGUGUGAAACCACCAAUGACAAAAGUUGCCUCAUCGAUCGGAAAUGCCCAGAAGCUGCCCAUUUGUGAUAAGUGUGGAUCCGGCAUUGUGGGGGCAUUUGUGAAACUGCGUGACAAGCAGCGCCAUCCAGAGUGCUACGUGUGCAGUGACUGCGGGACAAACCUCAAGCAGAAAGGACACUUCUUUGUGGAAGAUUGCAUCUAUUGCGAGACGCAUGCCCGGGAGCGAGUGACCCCACCCGAAGGCUAUGAGGUGGUCACCGUCUUUCCAAAGUGAAUGACAUCAUCAGCUCUGUAUUAUUUUUCCUACACUACUGUUUUCCAAAAAGCAGCCCCCCCUUGAACCCGCCUUGCAAUAAGCAAUGCUCGGCAUGGCUUUUCUUUUGCUGCCACAGUAACCCUCCAUCUGUUAGCCUUAGGUGCCACUAAUUGUUCAACACUUGCAUUUUUAAAAAUCUGCUCUGAUAAAUCAGUUUGGAUCCCUUUUUUGUACUGUCCAAUCUUUCUCCCUUCACUGUCGAUUGCAGAUGAAAAUCAGAAGCCGAAGCACAGAAGCUGUGUGUCUCAGUUGUUUUUCCUUCUGCUCGUGUUCAAUAAACGUGAUGAAUCUACAA